GGGGCCAGUGAUUUCCCAUUGUCAUUCGAUUGCCACCUGCGUCCCAGCUCGCCGAGAGGUUACAGUGAUUGUUUCGUGUGUUGUCUCGUGACGACGCUGGUGGUCUUGGUUGUGCGGAGGUGGCAGCGUGAGUUUAUGCAAGCUUUAGAUCGCUUGGUGUACUUGCGAGUGGUGAGGCCGCACGCAGGGUUGUUGAGGAUGCGGAUGUUGUGAUCAUGGUGUGCUGAAUCGUAUCUGUGAAGUGGGUUUGUCACUGUGACUGCUCUCGUUUAGGUGGGUAGUGGGGUGGGAUUCAGGAUUCGGUCAUUGGAUAAUGGGGUCGAUGGAUUCAGCGUUUGGGGCUAACUCUGAGGGACGUUUCGAGCCGGAUGACUUCUACGAGAGUUUUCUGGCGCCGAAAUUCCAUGAUUUCACUGCGCCAGAGGAGCCCAUUGACCCGGAUGCUUACUUCCUGGGCAAGCCUGGCAUGUUGCCCAAAAAACCGGUAUUUGAAGAUGUGAUGCCAAAGAUUCAAAAGGAUUCUUCCAAGGCUCUUCCAGGAAUUCAACAGCAAGGACUUCCCCAGACUCCAGUUGCUGCAGAGAAGGGGGCUGUCAGUACCGGAAGCGCGAAGAAGACACUUAUCCGAACAGCUUCAGGUUCGUUAACCCCAUUGGCAAGCAAGAACAUUAAAAAUGGAAACAGUACAUACAACAGUCCUGCACACCAUCCAGCUCAGGAGAAGGCUGGGAAUCAAUCUCUGAAACCUACGUCCCUGGCCAAGAAAAUGCAGACAUGUGAGAAUGAUGAUCCCAACUCUGAUACACAUGCUAACCACAGCGCUGACCAUACCACUGCAAAGGUUGUCAAGUCAACACGAAAGGUUCCUGAAGACAAGCCAGCGAUCACUCGUCAACGCAGCAAGAAGCUUCUGGAGGUGAAGCUUCCUGUAGGAGCUGGUGAUGUGCAAUCUGUACCGAAGAAUUCCGGAGACUGUCUCCCUGCGAAGACCAGUGUCCAGAAGCAGACCUCCAGUGAGAAGGCGACCUCUAGGAAGGAAAGCCCUUCUAAAUCAUCGGGGACAUCUAGCUCUGCGUCAGGGGUAGUGAAGGCCCUCAAACACAACGUUGCUCCUGCAGCUUGUUCACCGACAGGGAAGGACCACGGCCCAUCAACUGCAGGGUGCAAAACACCUGCGAAAGACUCCGUGACACAUCACCAGGACGUAAAGAAGGUAGCAGCUAGCGUUGAGGCUGCGGGGUCACCUUACAGUGGACACCACUGCAGGUCAUCUAGAUGCGCGGCCAAUGACCCCAAUCAAUUAUCUCCGGCACCAUCACAGAAAUACCUUGUUGCAAAGAAGGGCACGCCGGGUUCAAUCAAAAGAAUCUUGCCUAACUCUGCGAAAGUGGAAAAGUGCAACGAAGAGGUGAAAUCUGACCGAUCGACUCAGUCAUCAGAUGAGGCCCACAGUGAAGGUUCGGAGAGGGAAUUGGGCUGCACGCAUCUCACUUCCCAAGCUCAUAAAAUUGCUGUCGUGGACAGCCAUGGCAGAGGCGGCUCUAAAGCCAAUGGCCGCACAAAGGUGGCCUUAGAAGAAGUGUUUAAGAAUAUGGCCUUGGAGUCGGCCCCAUCGUCUACCUCAGAGAAGCAGGCUACCAAUGAGGCUAUUGCCCAGUUGGAGGUCACUGAACUGAACAAGACAGACGACGGUGAUUUCAAGGAGGUAUCGCUAGUCGAAAAUAGGAGUGAUGUCGAGCCCGCGCAUUCGCUACCUGCCCGGAAUGGAACCGAUGGUUCUGCCAAUUCUGUGUCCUGUAAUGACAAGGCAGCCAGCAGUCCCGAACCAGGCACGACGGCUAGUUCCUUAGAUGUAGCUGAUGCGCAGACGAACGCUAGGGGAAUGGAUCUGUUCCUGAAGUUGGCCAGCGAGAAAAUAGACUGUUUGGACAGUGUUGAUUUAAGUGCACUGGAGCUUUCACAGACCAAGCAAGGGAAGAAGAGGAAGAGUGGUGAGCUGAUGCCUGAAGGAGGAAGGAAGAGAGCGAACUUAGCCAAGGGAGUUGCGAGUAAAGUGCUGCCCAAACAGACUACUCAGGCUAAGGCGCCCGCAUCUUCAAAGACACCCCAGCUCAAAAUGCUCAAGAUGAGGAGACUUUCAGUUGCUCGGAGGAUUACCAACCCCCGAGUGACUAAUCCACAGCCUUUCCGAUUGCGGACACAGGAACGAGGGGCAGUCAAGGAAGAGCAAUUCAGAAAGAAGGUUGAGGAAUACAAGGCUGCCAAGGAAGGUUUUCAUUCCGCGUUUCAAGGACUUGCAGCCGUAGAACCAAGGAUCCCAGGAAAAUUUCUAAAAACUGGCAGUACUCAUGUGUUUUCUGCUAAACGAGCAGAAGUUGCGAGCAAGGAUGAUAAGGCUGUAGAAGGCAAGACACAGAAGCCUACGAGUGUUCCAGUCCUAAAACCCCCUGUUUUCAACUACCCGUUCAAGCCACAUAGAUCCACUAAGAAGCUUACAGUGCCACAAGACCCCAAAUUCCAUACUGUGAGAAGGGCCUCUCCGUCGGGCGUAGCAGUGCCUGCACAAGCGUAGCAGCUCGCGUAGAAGACGUCCUCUCAGUUUUGUUCAUUGAGCCUAACCUGCCAAUACGCUAUUGACAUAGUAGGUAGAUGUAGUUAACCUGUAUAUUAGCACCAUUCAUUUUCAAUGACAUGACCUUGUUGUCUAUCAAGUUUCCCUUC